GAAACUAGAAAGUUUGACGUAUAGUAUACGUGCGUAUACGUUUGGGGAUUGUCGGCGGUAGCCUGAAUGUGACAAUUUAAUCGAAUAAUUACUUACCUACCUAAUUAUUUAUUAUAAGGCAUUUACGUACGGUAGGCAAUCGAGUGUUAAUUUGACAUGUGGCAUUAGUAAUAACUUUGCCUGUUGUUCGAUUAUUAGAUACAAUGUUUAGAAGCAAAAUAAGAAUACACACAUGCCGAAUAAUUCUCCUCACAUCCCUAGUUUGGUUGUUAGUUGAUGUUGCUUUAUUGGCCUUAUACUCAGAUUGUUUUGGAGAUGGUUGGGAUUGCAAUAAAAAUAAAAAUGUUAAUAAUGACUAUAUUGUAAAGGGUAAUGACGAGUUUAGAGGUAAAAAAGCAGCAAUUGCUGCUGCAUUACAAAAAGACAUUGAUGAGGACACAAAUAUUGAAGAGAAUGAAGUAGAACAUGAUGUAGGAGAUGAUGGUUUGAUGCUGCCACUGUAUCCAAGAUCCAGGCUUAAGAGGUGGCAGCCUGUCCCACCAGUUAAACCCCAGGGUGAAUCACCUGGAGAAAUGGGUAAGGCAGUAAAUAUUCCAAUUGAACAAGAGAAGCUUAUGUUGGAUAAGUUCCAAGAAAAUCAGUUCAAUUUGUUGGCAAGUGACAUGAUCUCACUUAACCGAUCUCUAACUGAUGUUAGAUUUGAGAAGUGUAAAGAAAAGCAGUACCCCGAGUUAUUACCAACAACAAGUGUAGUUAUAGUCUUCCACAAUGAAGCUUGGACUACCCUCAUUCGAACAAUAUGGAGCACCAUCAAUCGUUCGCCGCGACCCUUACUGAAAGAGAUAAUACUCGUAGAUGACGCUAGCGAGAAAGAACAUUUAGGUAAGAAACUGGAAGACUACAUAAAGACACUGCCUGUUCCAACGCGACUCUUCCGAACGGAAAACAGGUCCGGGCUCAUCCGAGCGCGUCUUUUGGGCGCGAAACACGUGAAAGGCGACGUUAUAACAUUCCUGGAUGCGCACUGCGAGUGUACCGAGGGUUGGUUGGAGCCGUUACUAGCCCGGAUCGUAAAAGACAGAAGUACGGUUGUGUGUCCUAUCAUCGAUGUCAUAUCGGAUACCACCUUCGAGUACAUUCAGGCUUCGGACAUGACGUGGGGAGGCUUCAACUGGAAAUUGAACUUUAGAUGGUAUAGAGUCCCAGAAAGAGAAAUGGCACGUCGAGGCGGAGAUCGAACAGCGCCGCUGCGCACGCCGACCAUGGCGGGCGGGCUGUUUGCUAUUGAUAAGGAUUACUUCUAUAAGAUUGGUUCAUACGAUGAAGGCAUGGACAUUUGGGGAGGCGAAAAUCUCGAAAUGAGUUUCCGGGUGUGGAUGUGUGGGGGCACACUCGAGAUCGCGCCGUGCUCGCACGUGGGGCACGUGUUCCGCAAGACCACGCCCUACUCCUUCCCCGGGGGCACGGGCAGGGUCGUCAACCACAACAACGCUCGCCUCGCCGAAGUAUGGCUUGACGACUGGAAGCAUUUCUACUACAAUAUUAACCCAGGCGCUCUUAACGUGCCAGUCGGUGACGUCACCGAGCGCAAAGCAUUGCGCGAUCGUCUCAAGUGCAAGAGCUUCAGAUGGUACCUCGAGAACAUUUAUCCCGAGAGUCAGAUGCCACUCGACUACUAUUACCUGGGAGAAAUUCGCAACGCAGAAACAUCCAACUGCCUCGAUACCCUUGGCGGGAAAGCGGGACAGGCUUUGGGUAUGGGAUAUUGUCACGGAAUGGGUGGCAAUCAGGUAUUCGCGUACACGAAGCGCAAACAGAUAAUGUCGGACGACAACUGCCUGGACGCGGCCCACCCGCGCGGCCCGAUCAAACUCAUCCGCUGUCACGGCAUGCGCGGCAACCAGGAGUGGACCUACGACACCAAGACACGCACGAUAAAGCACACGAACACGGGCAUGUGCCUGGACAAGCCGGAGUCGACGGACGUGUGGAAGCCGCUGCUGCGCGCGUGCGACCGCUCGCGCGGCCAGCAGUGGCUCAUGCAGGUCGACUUCAAGUGGCAGGCGCGGCGCCAGCACGGCAGCUAGUGCGCGCCGCAGGUUCGACAACGAUAGACCAUAAAAGUCUUCCCUCGUCGUUAGAUAAAAGAUUUACUUCCUUAUUCCUAUAUCUGAAAUUUUAUAUGUAUUAGAUUGUAUUGACACGUGGUCCUGUGAAUCGUUGACAAUACAUGCGCUGUAGUAAGUUUUAAACGUUGCUCAAAUUUAGGAUCGUGUCCGAUACGUUGUAGGGUGAAUUUUUGUUUUGCUAUUCGAAGUUUACUAGGUAUAAGUUGAAGACCAUUUAUAAAAUUAUAUAGUCCUUUGACCAUUUCUACUCACUAGUACGUUUUGAUUUCUGUACUGGUUCCGUAGAAGUAACCUCGGAUGAGAUUAUAUUCGUAAUUAAGGCGAAACGCAAGCUUCGAUCGAGAGUCACAAAUAUUUUCGAGUAUUUUUAAAUUCUGAUAGCGUCGAUAAGACUACAUUUUAACAUUGUUGAAUAUACAACUGCAACGGUCGUUUUUAAUAUCGUCUAUGAUAUUUUUUUAAUCCUGCGGCUCUACCUAUAUGUGUUGUUUAGGGAGUGAACAGUUAAACAACGCUCCGUCUUCUUCUUUAGAAAGAGAGCAAUGUAUAUCAAUGUUUAAAAAAACAUUCGCUAAGCGACGUUUAUAAGUAACGCCGUAUAAGUGUAACGUCACCAAGUUAUUCAAUCUUAUUUGAUAUUGGUUGUGUGAAAGCAAUACUCUGUGACCGUGAUUUGAUGAAAAAUUGAGAUUAUAAUAUAUUUACGUGUGUUCAAAUUUGAUUUCGUAAAUGUUCUAUAUUUUUAAAAUAAUGUGUAUUCCUUUAAUAAACCUCAAAUCCAACCGGACGUAGCGUUAAUGGAUAUUAUUUCGAGAGUAUAUUUUUGUUGACUCAAUAGUUAAUUUUAGGAAACCCCACUAGUAUAAAUAUAUGUUGACUAACGGUGCUCCAUUUUAGCACUAAGUAAUAAUAUAUAUGUAUAGUUUUCCACUGAAGCUUCGGCAAACGGCAGACGCCAUAUUGCCUAACUGCCUAUUUAUUUGCCACAAAUAUUUUCUGAGUUAUAACACGCAUAUUAUUAUAUAAGUUCUAGCUCUAAAGUUAUUUUAUUGCGUCUGCAAACAAAAUAAUUCAUAUUUUGUAAUUCGAUAUUUUCUUUUAAAGAUUAAUUCUAUUAACGAUGAGUUAUAAUACUUGAUUUUAAAUUAAUAGUUGUUAUAACGUUUUGUUGCCACAUUUAAAAAAUAAUACGACGAUAAUUAAUGUUAAGAAAACUCUGGUGAUUAGUCGACAGCUUAUUCUAUGAAGUUAUAUUCACAGAGUGUAUAUUCGAUUUGCACAUAGUUUGAAAUAUAAAUUUAGAUAAACUUUUUUAAAGAAAAAUUAUUGUUAAAUCUGCGGUGAUACAGAUUAUAAAUAUACAUAGAUCGACUUAUUUCAUAGUUUAUUCAUAGCUUUAAUAGCCCUCCUUCCUUAGUCUUCACGCAAAUACUGUAGUUUUAACAAUAAUUUAUACUUCGUCUGUUGCCUUAAAUUUAAUGUUGUCUCAAAUUCGUGUCAUUUUUAAUGUAUCGAUAAGAACCAAGUAAUUGAUAAUAUUUUAGUGCAUAUCGUCUGUAGAAUAGAAGGGUUUAAAUUAAUAUUAUUUUUUACGUCGAAACUUGAAAUGUCUAAAAUUUAAUUAUAAUUAAUCAAAUCCUUACAACGAAAAUGUUUGUAUGUUUUAAAGUAUAAAUGUAACGCUGAGGUCAUUAUUGAAUAACCUUAAUUAUUCGAAUGUAUUUAAAACUCAUUUUUAAAUGAUUGUUUUUAUAAAAAAAACAAAUGUUUGUAUUAAAACUAAGUACCCUUCUAUAUGAAAUAAAUACAUCAAUUUAAUAGGUUAGAAAUUUUGACAGGUAAUUUUAAUGUAUUAUAUUCUUGACUCGUACGUUAUUAACAUUAUCUUAUGAUUUUAUUUGUGUUAUUGUAACCUCAGUGAUGCUUUACUCUUAAAACUGUUUAUUUUUUUUUUAAGUUAUGGACAAUUUUAAACGGUUGUCUUCUUAAUGACUUAUUUAUGUUGAAGAUUUAUAAUUUCAAGUUGGUGAUUUUAUUUUAAUUCAAAAUUUUAAUAUUUAUUUAUAAUGAUAUUAUGUAACAUUUCUAUCAUAUCAAUUAAUAUUUUAAGAGAUUAUUAUACAUAUAAUUUAUUGUAAACUAGACGAAUUGGCAUGUUUAUCUCAUCACAAACAAUUUUAUAAAAAAAACGUAAAUAAUAAAUGUAUUAUUAUCUAUACAGCUCUUGUUACACGUAAAAAAAUAUUUCACAAUAUUGUCAUAAAUAACAUUUGUAAGAAGUAAUUUGCAAAGAAUAUUUUUAUUAUUGUAAAUAAUUUGUUAUAUAAAGAUUCGUCCAGUCGAUGAUUGUAUCGAAAAAGCAUUUAUUUGAUAAGAACAGAAUCUCGCAAACGUUAUUUUAUUCGAUUUUUAUAAGUGCCAAAUUCAGAAAUUUUAGUUUUGUUACGCAAUCGUCAUUCCAAUAGACAGAUAUUACGAAAAUUACUUAUAAACUGAAAAUAAAUAUUAU